AUGGCGGCUGCAGCCUCACCCGCCACGGAUAACGGGCGGGAGCGACUCCGGGCGGAAGCGCGUUUGGGCGGAAGUGAGUCCGUCCCGAAUUGGGUCCCCCGCAGGCGGAUGCGCAGGGCCUGGCGGCGCGGCGGGAUGGAGGCCGGCGGCCACGGGCAGGAGGCCGAGGCGGGCGGCCAUGGCGGCCACAAGAAGAAACACAAGAAGCACAAGAAGAAGCACAAGAAGCGGCACCACCACGAGGCGGGGCCGCCGCCGGGCCCCGAACCCCCUCGGCAGCCCCGGCUGCGGCUCCGCAUUAAGCUGGGAGGGCAGAUCCUGGGCACCAAGAGUGUCCCCACGUUCACGGUGGUCCCCGAAGGGCCGCACUCGCCGUCCCCCUCGCCGCUGCUGGGAGGGGACGAGGAGGAGCCCGGCGAGGGCGUCCCCAUCGAGCAGUACCGGGCCUGGCUGGAUGAGGACAGCAACCUGGGCCCCUCCCCGCUGCCCGAGCUGGACCCCGAGAGCUGCUUCCCUCCCCGUGAGGAGGGCGAGGAAGAGGAGGAGGAAGAGGAGGAGGAAGAGGAGGAGGAGGAGCGGCGCUGGCUGGCGGCCCUCGAGAGAGGAGAGCUGGACGACAACGGUGACAUCAAGAGGGAGGUGGACGAGUCCCUCCUGACAGCCCGGCAGCGCGCGCUGCUGCACAAGCAGCAGAGCCAGCCCCUGCUGCAGCUGCCCAUGGGCGCCAAGGCCAAGGAGGUGACGGAGGAGAUGCGGGAGAAGCGGGAGGAGCGCGCGCGGCGCCGGCGGCUGCAGGCGGCCCGCAAGGCCGAGGAGAGCAAGAACCAGACCAUCGAGCGCCUGACGCGCACGCACAAGGCCAAGGUGCGCGCCCUGCGCGAGCGCCGCGCCCGCCCCGCGCCCUGCCCCGUCGUGCACUACCGCAGCGCCGCCGACGGCGUCACCGUGUCCUUCCCCGCGGGGCUGCCGCUGCCGCUGCCCGCCGCCGCCGCGCCGCCCGCGCCGCCCGCGCAGCCCUGCGCCGUGCCCGGCUGCCCCAACCCCAAGCGCUACAGCUGUGCCCGCACCGGGCGCCCGCUCUGCAGCCUGGGCUGCUACCAGCGCAACCUGCAGCUGCUGCAGAGCGCGGGGUGAGCCCCCUGAGGGGCUGCGGGGCUAUGGACCCUCAACGGGGGCUGCAGAGCCUUUGCCGCGGGUGCAAAGGGCCGGAUCACCGGGCUGGAUGGACGCAGGGAGUUCCAGAGGGGUCUGGAUUAUCCACAGAGGGCCGGAAGAGGAACCUGUGGACUUCCACCGCGGACUUGGAGGGCUGUGGGGAGCUCCAGAGCUUCCACAUGGACCCAGAAGGCCAAAACAGGGGGAUUCGAACCUGCUGCUGUGGGCACAGGGACUCUGGUCACUCCACGUGGACACAAUGGAUGGCUGCGGUUCCUCACGGACACAGGGAGCUCUGGCUCCUCCAGGUGGAUGUGGAGCUGCAGAGGGCUCCAGCCUCUCCACCGUGGACACAGAGGGUUGGGGACCCCGGCCGGGACUGAGGGUGUCCUGAGGGGAUAGAGGUCCCCGGACAGGGCAGAUCCGGGUGUCGCAGAGCUGAUUAAAGGGUUUUGUUGAAGGAA